AGCCUGAUUUUUUUUGGCGCGAAAAUGCUCAUAAAAGAUACUUAUGAGUUGCGAGUGCGACAAAAAUCUGUUUAUAAUUUGAUUGGGGUCCAAAUGGGAAGCUUAGGGUUUCGUCCUCCCCAAUUUUCCGAGGAAUUGGCUUGGCUUCCAGCUUGUCUUCAACGAAUAACAGGUUCCGCAGUGCAGCCCAGAAGCCCUUCUCACCAACAAUUUAAGGAGUUUUCAUGUAUAGAAGGUGAAGAUUCAGAAUUGCUGCUGCCAAAGGAAAAUAUUCGAUGUAAUCGUUUUUGUUUAAUCUUAUCAGGAGAAGACAAUUCGCCAAUUAGUUCUUUUCCUUCUUCCAAGGAUGUGCUUCAUUUCCGUCUAAAUCUGUCAUCAGAUGGUGAUUCACAGUACUACCAAAGUCAACUUUUUAGUGCAGCUUGCACUCAGCAUGGCUCUAAAAAUGUUUUGCAAUUACCACAAAUUGAAAUACCAGCUGGAGAAAAGAAUGACCCAGUACAAAAUGAAGAUGGUGCUUGUUGGUUAAAUGCUUUGCCUAUGAUUUCCAUCCCAAGAGAUGUGGAGAAUGUUGGAGAAAAGACUGCCCUGAUACAAAAUGAAGGUAGUGCUUGUGGGGCAAAUGCUUUGCCUAUAAUUUCCAUCCCGAGAGAUAUGGAGAAUGUUGCAGAAAAGACUGCCCUGAUACAAAAUGAAGAGAGUGCCUGUGGGGUAAAUGCUUUGCCUAUAACUUCCAACCCAAGAGAUGUGGAGAAUGUUGGAGAAAAGACUGCCUUGAUGCAAACUAUAGAUAGUUCUUGUGCAGUAAAUGCCUUGCCUAUGAUUUCCAUCUCAAGAGAUGUAGAGAAUUUUGGUGGACAAUCAUCAAAUCACGCCAAUGAUGGCAGUGAGCAUUCCAUAGAAAAAGUCACUGUCAGAAACCUCAAAAGUACUGAUAUUAAAGAUGCAGUCGAACUCUCUAUUGCCGCAUCAGAAGCUUUAGUAAUACAUGAAUUAGUGAAGAGUGACUCAGGUGCAGAAGCUUUGCCUACAGCAGCAGUACUUGAAGCUGCCCUUCGGGUUAAGCAAGCACGUCUGGAAAGCUCAGAAGACGCAUUUGAUUGCCCAACUGAGACAAGUGAUGAGAUGGACUUUCUUUCGGAUUUGGAUGAUUUAACCAUGGCUGAUGCAUUUGAAGAUGUUGGAUUAUCUUUAGUUGCUUUAAUAAUCAGCAUGCUUGUGGUUCAGAUGUAUCUUUAGUCAAAGACUCUCCUGUAUCUGAAGAUUGUUUCAGGGUGGGGAUAGAAUUGAAAAUGCAGAAGACUUUUCUCCUCAAAAUAAACCUUCUGAUUAUCCAACUUCUAGCUCAAAAAACUCUGAUCCAAUUUUGCAUGAGAUGGUCGAGGAGAUUUCACAUGUUUCAGCAACUGCAGAGGUAAAAGACUUGAGUCUCAUCUUCUAUUGACUUCCCCAUGCUAAACUCAAUAAAGAAGAAAACAAGAUAUGUAAAACUAUUUUCUUUCCCAAAUUAGUGGUUUAGUUAAGAUGGAGUCUUAGGAUUUGAAAGAACCGGAUUGGCUUUCUACCAUUUUUCUUUUGGA